AUGGAGAUAGACGUGGAUGAUGAGCAGCUGCCCUCGAGUCCUCCAGUUGCUCCUUCGAUUUCGAAGAGGCAGGACACGGCCAUGUUGGCACUUAGGACCCUGGCCUUGUGGUCACUGCUGUGGUCGACCGCUGGCCACGCUCUCGCUGUGAAGGACGGCUGCGUCGUGCAGGACUCGUUGAACUUUGACGACCUCGUAGUUGGAUCUGUCAAGUUCACGGUCUACACUCCUCCGAGCGGAAGCAUCUUCAAGGCCAAGCUGACAUGUGACGGGGACUGGUACAGCGACUCUUUUGACGUGUCCGGUGACGGCGUGACAAUGGAGAGAUUCCAUGGUAACAACUUGACCACCACGGUGAUGCCAGCGCCGCCAGCUGAAGAGGGAUGGACGGACCUUGAGCUGAAAUUCGGCGACACUUACGAGCUGCUCGAUGGCCAAGGCCAGUCGUGGAUCGGCCAGGAAAUUUCCCCCAAAUGCAUGUUGAAGAAAGUAGAGAUAAGCGAUGGCAAGUUCGCCAAACACUGCCCUGAAGGGACGCUGAAGUGGGAGGUCGAGGGGAAGAAGUGUUCCUUCGUCCCUCUCCCUCGCUCCUCCGGGAGUCGUCACACGCUGAAUCUGACGCUGGUCUCCAAGGACAGCUUCAGGCCCGUUUUCCAGCUGGGAGGCGUCGAAGUUGAGCUGGGCAUGAGGGAGGGCUCCGUGGUGGCUGCAGGGAAGGGCAACUCUCCGCUGGAGCCACCGACGCAGAGGAUCCGCCUUGGCUUCAAGCGGUGUGCAGUGCAGACUUCCUUCACGACGACAGCAGGGGAGCCUUUGUCCAACUUCCUGUACCUUCCUGUCCUUGCGAGUGAGAUCCGACACAUGAAUGUCUGCGAAAAGAACGACAGGAAGUUCAUACUGACAGUGACCCUCGAGGAGGAGACAGAAUGUGCCACAGGUUCCGAAACUGCUGCAGGAAAGUAUACAAAGUUUACCUAUAAUGCUGUACAUCUACUUGUCCCGCACGUCCAGGACGCAGGUCACGGAGGAGACUUUUGGACUUCCCCAGCUUUCGGGGCUGCUCUGGGCGGGCUAGUACUUGCACUGGGCGUCACUGUCGUCGGUCUGCUAUGUCACUUACGGCGUCAGGGAAGCAAUAACCAGGUUCCGCAAAAUGAGGCUGACAGGGGGCAAGCAGCGACGGCUGCCCCUCUCGUGUCGCCGCCGGGCAGUGGCCAAGCGAUCCCGCCAAGGAGUCCGCCCCGUCCGGCUGCGUCGGGAGCACCGCCUCCGCCUCCUCCCGUUCUCGGAGCUGUGCUUCCCGCGGAGGGCGACGGGGCGGAGUCUCAGCAAGAGGAGUUCUACUGCGAAAUGGUCCCUCUGCAGGACGUGCCCCCGCCACCGUGUUCCUUCGUCUUCCCUGAUAGAUGUAUAGAGGAAACCAUCAACGACCUUUACAUCAGCGCUGACUUGUGA